AUGUCUGGAAUUCUUCCAUUCCUGGACUCUUCUCCUGUUGCCAUCGUCGCGUUGGCAUGCCAUGCCGGGUUCCACUUUUCCGUGCAAACACGAGUUGAAAGGAUCGGGGAUGUGUCUGAUCGUUUGCGGGCAAAUUGGCGCAUCCUGGGCAUGCUCGGCCAUCGUCAUGGCCAGGAUGAGAGGCCCACAAUCUUCCAGAUGUCUUCUAGUAGUGGGGCGGGUGCCCUGCGAGGCAGACCGGGGCUUGGAGCCUUGGAGGGUCUUGGACAAGAGGCUAUGGGCCUUGUCCGAUUCAUCGAACCCAUCGAUUAUUAUUCUUCCACGGAAAUGUCAUGUUGGCACUAUGAUAGUUGA